AUGAGGACGCAAGGGAGAACAACCAACUCUUCAGCGGUGGGAUUUGACCAUGUCUAUUUUGACGAUGAGAACGAUUCCCCCGUUCAGGAAAAUGCACCCUCGCAGAGAGUGUCUACGAAUAGUAUCCCAGAAGCGAGGCCUCAGACAAAUCGUGCAAAGGAGCCGUACCGUUCAUUCAACGUCUUCAAAGAUGUAGCACUCGGUACAAAUGCGUUCAGCUUUUGUCUUCAAGUUCACCCUUCUGGGGGACUUGCUCAAUCUCCAAGCCCAGUAUAUCACACCUUGCGCAUUCCCUGGUACCGUCAGGGCCUUUAUUUGCCGGCCUCGUUUGAUCUUUACUCUGGUGGCAAUGUUGUGCGCAACCGGAAAGACCCAUCUCCUGAGCCCCAAGACCACCGUGCGCAAAUUCACUACCAUGGCUUUGAGGGUCUGCUCGGUCUCCACGUGACAGUAGAUAUCUUCCGCCAAGUAGGUGCCGAUUCCCUUCAAAGUGAGCUUCCGAGUUCUGGGGAAAGUUCCCUAGACCUUGUCAAGCACUGCUCGGUGGAUAUUGUUCGAAAGGGAAUUGGUAGGACUUAUCGUGUUGAAAUUACUGGUGGCGGGGCUGUCAAAACAUUCUACUGGAAAGGAUCUAAGGCUGCAUUGUCUCUCCUUGAAGCUGAAAGGAAAGGCGCUGGUCCUAGUGAUGGGAACGGCAACCUUAAGUUCUUUUCUGCGGAUCAACCAGAUGAUAUUCUUGCGGUGUGGCAAAACAGAACUGAUCGACAAAUUAUGGGCUCUUUGAACGUUAUUGCUGAGUUCGAUGCUGAUUUGGAUGGAAUUCUCGAAGGGUUGAUGGUGAGUUGCCUAGCAGUGGUUGUUGCAGAAAGGGUUUCCGGGCGAGGGUGGAUAGGUGGCCUAGGAAAGUCAAGGAACUCUUAA